CGUUCUACCUGCGCCCUUGGCCACAUCCCAUCUCAAUCGCAAGCAAAGAUGGCCGCGUCAUAAGUAGUUUUGUAGUUCCAAAACGAGACGUUUGUUUACGAGCACAGCCACAACUGACUGGAUCUCCGCCUGAUAUUCGGCAGGAAAACAUAUUCACAGGAACUACUGGACAAUGCAUUCCACCGACGGCUACAAACGCCUGGGCAGCAAGUCCUUGGCAAUCUGUUGCCUGCUCCUGCAUCUCUUCCUCUUCCCUCAGCCAACGGUGUCACAGACUCAAAGUUCGCCACGUUAUCUGCACAAUGCGGACAACAACAACGACCGCCUGCAGCAGAUUCUUAAGGGAUCGGGAGCGGUAUCGGGGGUCACGCAGCUCAACUGGCCACAGCCGCCCAAGCAGGCCAUUCCCGACGUCAAGACUGAGCUGGCCAAACUGAACAGCACCUACCUGUACCAGAACGCCUGGCCGGCAAACAACGUUAAGUUGGGCGCUGUGACAGCCGUAAGUUUCGACAAGGCCGGCAACGUGGUGAUCUUCCAUCGCGUGGACCGCGUCUGGGGGCAGACCACCUUCGAUAAUAAAAACCAGUACCAGGAGAAGUACCGCGGCCCCAUCGGGAAGAGCACCAUCCUGGCGCUGGAGCCUGCGACGGGCAAAGUGCAAUACGAUUGGGGAAAGAACUUCUUUUACAUGCCACAUGGCUUGACUGUGGAUCCCGAGGACAACGUUUGGGUGACGGAUGUGGCCAUGCACCAAGUAUUCAAGUUUCCUCCUCGCGGAGGAGAUGGAAAACCUUUGCUCACUCUCGGCGAGGUCUUUCAACCCGGCACGGGUCGGAAGUUCUGCAAGCCCACCUCCGUGGCGGUACUGGACAACGGCGACUUUUUCGUGGCCGAUGGAUACUGCAAUGCCCGCAUCCUCAAGUACUCGCCAACAGGAGAGCUCAUUCUCUCCUGGGGGCAGAAUUCUUUCUCUGGCGUGUCCUACGACGUGGCACCCCAAAACUACUUCGCGAUUCCUCAUGCCCUCACCCUUGUUCCGGAGCUGCAACUGCUCUGCGCGGCGGACAGAGAAAACGGGCGCGUGCAGUGCUUCUCCUCCCACAACGGCACUUUCCACUCACAGUACCACAACCAGCUGAUAGGCGACCGCCUUUUCAGCAUGGCCUACACCCCGGCAGCGGGUGGACAACUGGUGAUUGUGAACGGACCCACCGCAGAGCUGGGAAUCCAUCCCGAGCACUACAACGAGGUGCACGGGUUCGUGCUGAGCAUGCGCAGCAAGCAGCUGAUCUCGAAGUUUGGGCCCAACAACCUGGAGUUCCAGAACCCGCACGACGUAGCCGUCACUACAGACGGCAAUGAAAUCUACGUGGCUGAGCUGAAUCCCAUGCGCAUCCACAAGUUCGUGCACAGAUCGCUAGCCAAGCCGAUGUCCUUAUCUGCCACCAAGGACUCCAGCAGCAGCGCAAUCAGCAGGGCUGAGGGGAAGGAGCAGACGCCGCUGCAAACGACGCACCACCCCAGCGGCAAGGCGAUUCUGGUGGCCUCGCUCAUGCUGCUCUUCGCCGGCUCCACCUUUGCCCUGGCUCUGAUCUUCGCGCGGCGAAGGAAACGAGGUAACCAAGCGAUGAGCUCCGCACCUCCCAGCGACCUAGUUUACCGCAAGCUAACCGCUUCAACCCAGAGUUGCCUUCCCUUCGGAGCUCGGAGUCGUCGACACGCGUGGGAGAAGAGCGAGGGCUUCAAGCUGGGCGGACUGCUCGAUCGAGAUCGCAACGGAUUCGAGAAGCUGGACCAGCAGGCCAGCGACGAGGAGCAGGAGGCGACGACGCCGGCGAGCGCCCAGUUCGCUUAGGGAAAGGACCAAGACUUAUACGAGCUAACGAAGCAUUCCUAGUUCUAACUACCUGUACCUCAUUGAACUACAGAUUAAGUUGUACUCGAGCUAUAUAUGUGUACAUUUGAGUUGUGAUUUUUGUUUUUCCAACUGGUGCACUCUGCGUAGAUUUCCAGUUGAGAGCAGCAAUUUUAUUCUGUCAAGUAUUUUGAAACUAUUUUAGAAACUGUACCGGAAGUACAUGUAAAAUCGGGGUCUGAGUUUUGGAUUGAUUUAAGGCAUUUACUUAAAAGCGCUCUGCCGAAUGCGCCUAAUCUAUUGCGAUUGAUUUGCCAAAUGAAAUAUAGUCUUAUGAAUCUGUCA